AUGUAUAACGGAAUACCUCGAGCAGUAGCAGAUCUUUGUGAAAAUGAUGAUUUAGCUACAAUGAUUGUUGUUGAUAGUAUAUUUGAAUUUACAACACAUAAGAUGAAUAUACGUUUUCGACCAAAUCGUCGUUUAUUACCACAAUGGAAAUUAGCUGUUGAACAAUUUCAAGAACAUUUAGAUUAUGAUAAAUGUUUUAAUGAUAUGACUUCAAUUGGAACAUGGUAUGAACAAUUACUUGCAAGAAAAACUUCUGUACAAUUAACAGCAUUUAAAGAACAUCUCUUUCGUUUUCUUCAUUUAUUUAAUAAAAAUUCGGGUGUAACACUUCAACCAUGCCGUCGGUAUUCAACAGAGAAAUGUGGAGGAAAAGUAUUAGCUACAAAAGCAUGGGCAGUACAUGAUAAGAUUGAAAUGUUAAUUGGUUGUAUAGCUGAAUUAAGUCCUGAAGAAGAACAUGCAUUUUUAAAACCUGGUAUCAAUGAUUUUUCUGUUAUGUAUUCUUGUCGUAAAAAAUGUUCACAACUUUGGCUUGGACCUGCAGCUUAUAUUAAUCAUGAUUGUCGUGCAAAUUGUAAAUUCGUUGCUACAGGUUUAAGUUCAGCUUAUAUUUAUGUACUUCGUCCUAUUGAAAUUGGCGAUGAAAUUACAUGUUGUUAUGGAUCUGAUUUUUUUGGUGAUAAUAAUUCACUUUGUGAAUGUCGUAGCUGUGAAAUGCUUGGUCAUGGUGCAUUUGCACAAGCAAAUUCAUCAGUAUCAAAACCAUCGAUAGAUAUUGAUAUUACCUCUAAUGCAACAUCUACAACGAAUAAACAAACAACUGAUAGAAAUAUAAUUGUUUCUACACGUCUACGUCAAACUGAUAAACGUUUACGUAAAAUUCAGUCAGUUAAUCCUAUCAAUGCAAUACAAGAUAAUAAAAAAUCAAUUGACGAAACAAAAAUUGAAAUACCUAUAAAACAACCACCAGUAGUGUAUCGAAAUAAAAGUGGUCAAUUCGCAUCACCAUACAAUGAAAUGAAAUCGACAGAUAAUACAACAAUCUCUAAUCAAAAUAAAUCAAACAAGAAAAAACCAUCAAACCGAAAAAAGAAAACGAAUAAUACUUUAACUAGUUUUACAUUUCAAUCAUCAUCAUCAUCUGCUUAUCGUUUACCAACACCAAAUCGGAUAAUUCUACGUCGAAGACCAAGCAGUUCUCAUUCAUCACUAUCAAAAUCACCUGUUACUGUUGUUCGAAAUCAAACAACAACAUCAACAACAACAACAAUGUUUACUUCUUCAGAUUCAGCAUUUUUCUCUGAUGGUACUAAUUCAAAUUCAUUAUCAUCAACAAUACAAAGCAAACAAACUACUCAUUCACAGACAACUACUAUUCAGUCACGUUCAUCUCGUCUUCUAUCACCUGCUUUAUCUACUUCGUCAUCAUCAUCUAUUUCAUCAUCAUCACGAACAUAUCGUGAUAGUCGUCAACGAACAAUUUCUCAAUAUUCAUCAUCAUCUAGUUCAUUAACAACGAAUAUACAUUCAAAUAAUCCAAAUUUUCUUAGUUGGCGUCCAACUAUUCGCUCUAGUCGUCAUUCAAGUACUUCGUCUGAUACUUCAUUAUCAUCAUUAGCAACUGAUAACGAAAAUAAUAAUGAGAAUACUAAUACUAAUACUAACACUAAUACUUCUACUACUACUACUAAUAAUAAUAAUAAUCAUCAUCAUGAGAAUAUAAACCAAAUAUCUCAUCAACGAAUAGUACCAAAAUUAACAAUUCGUAUGAGACCUGAUCCUGUUUUAUUAAAUGAACUUGAUAAAAUCAACUCAUCAAAAUCAUCUCGUGUUACAAUAAAACUUGAUAAUGGAAAACGAUCAUCAACAGAUACAUCAUCAUCAUUACGUUCAAGUAAACGUCGAAAAACAUAG